AUGGCCUCUACAAAUGCCAAACAAUUUGUCCCUAUAGUUUCAGAAUCUGGUGUGCCUGGUGCUGUUGGUAAUACUCCAUUGAUCAAAUUAACUAAAUUGAGUGAAGAAAUCGGUAGAAAUAUCUAUGGUAAAGCUGAAUUUCAAAACCCUGGUGGUUCAAUCAAAGAUAGAGCAGCUUUAUACUUGAUCAAAGAUGCUGAGGAUAGAGGAUUAUUAAAAGCUGGGGGUACUGUUGUGGAAUCUACUGCUGGUAACACCGGUAUUGGAUUAGCUCAUAUUUGUCGCAGUAGAGGUUAUAAAUUAAUUAUUUACAUCCCAAAUACUCAAGCACAAAGUAAAAUUGACACUUUAAGAUUAUUAGGAGCUGAAGUUUUCCCUGUCCCACCAAAACCAUAUGAUGAUCCAGAAAAUUUCAACCAUAAGGCUAGAAGACAUGCUGAAAGUUUAGAAAAUGCAGUUUGGGCAAAUCAAUUUGAUAAUUUAGCUAAUAGACAAGCACAUAUUGAAACCACUGGUCCAGAAAUUUGGAAUCAAUUGAAAGGUAAAGUCGAUGCAUUCACUUGUUCAACAGGUACUGGUGGUACAUUUGCAGGUAUUACAAGAUAUUUAAAAGAUAUCUCUCAAGGUCAAGUGAAAUCAAUAGUUGCAGAUCCACCAGGUUCAUGUGUCUAUUCCUAUGUUACUUCUGGAGGUAAAAGUCUUGCAAGAGAAGGUGGUUCUUUCACUGAAGGUAUUGGACAAGGUAGAAUCACUGAUAAUUUAAAACAAGAUAUAGACACUGUUGAUGGUGCAGUUUUCAUUCCGGAUGGUGAGUCCAUUGCAAUGUUGUAUAGGUUGUUGGAUGAUGAAGGUUUAUACUUGGGUGGUACUGGUGCUUUAAACGUUGUUGCUGCUGCUAAAAUUGCUAAAGACUUACCAGAAGGCUCAAACGUUGUCACUAUUCUAGCUGAUACUGCUCACAAAUAUAGUGACCGUAUCUUUUCUCGCAAAUGGUUGGAAUCAAAGGGAUUAUAUGAACAUAUUCCGGACCAUUUGAAGAAAUAUGCUGUUUUGGAGUAA